CCUAAACUCAACUGACUACUUACUGUAUAUCACCGUUUGACAAGAGUAAGUAAAUCGCUCUGGCUAUCAUACAUUUACAUUAGUCCAGCGAGGGCGCAUUAAAAAUAGAUCGUGGGCGCCAUGGCGCUCUAUGCAGUCUUACGUUAGAGUAUUAUUGAAAAAAUACAUAAUUUUUUUUAAAUGUUUUUUCUACGAAAGUAAAAUCUUGAGGAUCUCUAAAACGCGUUAUAAAUACCACCCCCCCGUUGACUCACAGCGUAUUGUGUGGAAUAUACUCAUUAUGGUUGGACAAAAUCAAUUCGACAACGGAAAUUCGCACAGGAUUUUCAUGAACGACGAUGCAGAGUUAUACGAAAAUAGUAACAGUAUUCAGAGGCAGGAUGCAGCUGACACUUUAAAUGAGUAUUCGUCAAGAUUAAACUGGAAAGAAACGGGAGAAAGUAUAUUAGACAUAGGAUGUGGCGAUGGAAGUGUCACUGAUAUCCUGAGAUCAUACUUACCAAAAAGUAGAAAGAUUUUGUUGGGCUGCGAUAUCAGUGAGAGAAUGGUCAAGCACGCCGAAGGGCGUUACGGAAAUAAGACGACAGCAUUUACUGUACUUAAUAUAGAAGAUGAUAUUCCCGAUGAGCUGAAAGGAAAAUUCGAUCAUGUUUUCUCAUUUUACGCAUUACAUUGGAUGCAGAAUCAGGAAAAAGGAUUUACAAAUAUUCAUAAUCUGAUGCGUGAUGACGGAGAAUGCCUUUUAACCUUUCUCGCAUAUUCGCCAAUAUAUAGUAUGUUUGAAGGACUCAAAGACACACCCAAAUGGACUGCAUGGCUUAAGGAUAUCAAUCUAUUUCUUUCGCCUUAUCAUGAUUGCAUGGAACCGGAUCGUGUUAUUGAAAAACUGUUUAAGAAAAUUGGCUUUCGAUUCAUAGAUGUUCGUUCCAGACAAAAGAAAUUUGUAUACAACAAGAUAUCCGAUUUCAAAAAUACAGUUUUAGCCAUAAGUCCUUUCAAAAUCCCGGAACAUAUGCUAGAAGAAUUUUGGGACGACCUAGUGGAAGUGGGAGUAGGGAUGCGAAUAAUUGAUAAAAAAAAUGAUACCGUUAAUUUGAUAUAUAAUUUGCUUAUAGUACAUAGUAGAAAAUAAUUUCUGAAUUAAGUGAAUUUUGAACUCUAAUAUAGUCAAAGUUAACUUCUAGGGUUAAAAAAAAAUGAGUUUUUGUAUGAUUACGAGCUUUUUAAGUAACGGCUAAAUAUAAAAUAGGUAACAAUGUUUAAAAUGAAUUUAUCACGACGAUUUUUUUAAUAUAUAAUAC